AAAUUUCAGUCAUUAACAGCGACUCAUACCAAGCGAAUGUCGUUUUUCUGUUCAUUGAAGAAAACGUUUUUUAAUCGAUUGGAAAAUAUUCUUGAAAAAUUAUUGUGUGUGAGUUGCGAAGGAUGUUUUACCUGUUGAGAGUGAUUCGUGACCUGACAGCCCAGCUCUAUGAGGAACAUGCUGAUCCUCGUGUCAAAGACUGGCCUUUGGUAUACUCACCAUUGCCGCCAGCCACCAUUGUAGCCUUCUAUCUCCUAUUUGUUCUCAAAUACGGUCCAAAAUGGAUGGAAAAACGUGAAGCCUUUCAAUUAAAAUAUAUAAUGCAAUUCUACAAUAUUGUCCAGGUCUUAGCCAACCUAUUUCUGUUCGUCUAUGGCAUUCCCAAUACAUAUGGCCACAAGGAUUUUAGUUUCAGAUGUCAACCCACUACGCCAACUAAUACGGAACCUUGGAUGAUGCGAUGUCUUUAUGCAACGUAUGGUUAUUAUCUCACAAAAUACUUGGAUCUGCUGGAUACGGUUUUCAUCGUGUUGCGUAAGAAAAAUCAGCAGGUGACAUUCCUACAUGUUUACCAUCAUGCGGGAAUGGUUUUCGGAGUACAUGUUUAUAUGACAUUCCUGCCAGGCAGCCAUGCCACCAUGUUGGGUAUCAUUAAUCUGUUAGUACACACGGUGAUGUAUUCCUACUAUUUUGUUGCCUCGGUGAGGCCAUCCGCUGCCACUGUGUGGUGGAAGCGUUACAUCACCCAACUGCAGCUGUUCCAAUUCGCCUAUUUAAUAUUCCAUUUUUUGCAAGUGGUUCUGAACAACUCAUGCGGAUAUCCCAUAUCGGUGGCCUUCACUGGAUUCAUGCAAAACAUCUUCAUGUUUGUCAUGUUCUUUGAGUUCUAUUACAGAACCUACAUGAAAGGUGACAAAAGGAAAGCUAAAACGCCAAUCAACGAUGAGAAGCAAGACGAGCUAAAAUCAAGUUAGUAACUGCAAAAUAUCAUACAAUUGAUGACGAAAUUUUGUUGUACUAAUACAACUAACUAUUGAUAAUGUUCGAAUAUAAAUUAAAUUUAUGAAAUAGUAGAUAUGUAACUUUUAUCAUAUAAUAUGAUAAUAAAGAUAUUUUGUUUUUGUUUUACUUA